AUGCUCAAUAGAUCUACAUUUGGUGGAAUCUACACCACGGAUAUGGAGAAUCUAACUGACAAUGACCAAGACCAGUGUCAACUAAUCGACUAUUCAGGUUCUACACCAAGCAGUGUUCUAGUUGGAAAAUACAACGCAGAUAGACAUCAUAAUGUUGCCAUGGAAGAAGUCAUGUUACAUAAUAACGGACAGUCCGAAUCCACAUGUUCAUGGUUGAUGGAGAACUACGAGUCAUCCCAGGGCUAUUCGCUUCCACGAUGUCUCAUCUAUGAGCAUUACCUGGACUUUUGUCAGAGAUGUGCACUGAUACCAGUAAAUGCAGCUAGCUUUGGCAAGACCAUACGUCAAGUCUUCCCUGACAUCCGAACACGCCGCCUCGGGACCCGCGGCCAGUCCAAAUACCACUACUACGGUAUCAAAGUCCGCUGCGACUCGCCCUAUUACUCGGCUCUCAUCGCCUCCCAGCGAAUGUCCCUCCCCUACCCAACAAGCGGGCAGUGGCAGGCCAAGACAUACAGCACGUUGACUCCAUCGCCCACCAAUCCAACGAAGACGUCGGUAUCGUCGAUGAUAUCAACAAUUGGCCAAAGUGGAGAAGGGGGACGUGAAGGGGAUACUACUGGUAGGAGUUUGGACAAGGAAAGGAACCCUGCGUCUGUCACUUUACAGAAAGACGCAAGAGAGAAAACGCCCACUAAAGGUUUCACAACGAAUCGGGAGCCGACUCUUCCACUGACUCCUUUGAUGCCGCCAGCAAGCAACUCACUGCUCCCAACCUUCCCCACUUCUCGUGAACUCCUUCAUCUUCCACCCAGCAUUGAACACCAUCAAGUUAAUGAAUUCCUGAAAGUUUACAGAGAUCAUUGUCUGAUCAUUCUAGAAGUCAUCAUGAGAGGAGGUCUUGAUGAGGUGGAAUACUACUGCCAAACUUUCUGGGGUAGCCUUCAGAUCGAACAGCGGAAUUUGCUUGAGAUCCCAACCAUCUGCGACGCUUUGGCCAUUUGUGAUACCUACCUCUAUCACACUAUUGUUUCUGUGCUAAUUCCAGGUACACUCAACACUGUCCCACAAAGCUUGUUGCAAGGGAUUCGUCACUUCUCCUAUGAAGUCCCACGAAUAAUGCAAAAUGUUCUCAAACCAUUCUCAAGUCAAUUGAUGCUGAGUAAAAUGCAAGCUGUGAAGAGAUUUUCGCAGCUCUUGAAAAGAAAGACCUCUCUAGCACAUUUAUCACAGGCAACCCGAAGCGCCCUCACAGUUGAUAUCACCAUAACUCAGAUGAGACAGGAUUGGGAGAGACGUACAGAACAUGAUACAGUCUGUUCCCAACUCAUUUGGACCAUGCCACAGAUAAAAGCUCUCAAAAAACAGGACAUCCGAUCUCAUAUGGACUCGUUCAAGAAGUUACUGGAAUCACGUGCUUCUGUAGAAGAUCAUGUCAAAUGGGUUGAAGAGGUCCGCUCUUUCUACGUCGAAAAGGGAGGAUACCCACGUGAUAGCAUACAGUACGAGAAAGCGGAGAGGGCGUUCUUCAUGGGUUGGAGUCAUAUCUGUGGUCUUAUCAUACGUGAUCAGACACUACGAAGCGCUACCAGCUUUGGUUCGUUCCAUCUUGUGAAUCUCCUGUAUGAAGAAUAUCUUCUCUAUAUGGUUGAGACACAUCGAUAUCAGCGGGACGAAGUAGCACUCUGGAAUGGUGUCAUGGAUCUUAAUAAGCCAAUGGUCGACGGAUAUCUCCUUGCUGACAUCGAUCUCGAUUUCGACGACUGUGAUGAUAUCCUUGACAUGUCUACCAGUUCGAUGAUGUCCAUGGGUGCUGGUGACCUCUUCGAUGACGAGUCGAUACUUCCGGGUUGCAGCGCUGUCAAUGCUGUUCCUACAACUGUUCCUGAUAAACCGGUGUCAACACAAAGUACUGACACUUUCGCCAAAAGCUCAACGUCUGAAGGCCAUAUAAUCGAGCAUAAGAAACCAGUACUACCCAAAUCAGAUAUCAUCUCAAUGGCAUUUGCCGCAUCAACUCAAUCUGGCGUAGACCCAAGUCCUGAACCGAUGGGAACAAAGUCAUGUGAUGUGACUGAACCAAGCCUCGCCCCUGUGGACUCAUCAAUGAAACCUGCUGAUGUCGUUGAUCUACCAAACAGUGCGACUUCAGACAAAGAGACAUGUACCACAGCCAGUAAACCAUCCGACUUUGUGACCACCAAGUUAAUACAUGCCACACUUCUCACCAAAAAUGAUCAGAAACCUUCUAACAACAAAGGCUCGAACAAAGCAGAUGAGGUCCUAAAAGACACCCCUGUGGCGCCCCGGGUUCUCACUCUCAAUGUACCCGUACUUCCUGGUCUCGAUCUUCACAAGGGUCAGUUCUUGACCGCUGGUGAUGGAAAUAAAUACAUUAUCAACGACGUACAGACAGUGGUGAAAACAGUCAAACACGUAAAGGAAUCUACAACAGCUCUUGAAGGCGUCUAA